AUGGCCGCCGCACUCACCCCACCUCCUUCCUCCUCCACCACCAAGGUAACCACCGAAACCGCCCGAAACGCCGUGCACGCCCUUCUGAAAUGGCGAGCCACCAAGUCGGAGUCCCAAAAACCCGAUCUCCUGGAGUCCGACGAGCUCCUCUACCUGGUCGUGACCCUCAAGAAAAUCCCACCCAAGGGCCGCGUGAACGCCUACAAGGUCCCACUCCCGACUCCCCUCCACUCCCCCCUCACCGAGUUCUGCCUCAUCUACGACGACCGCCCCAAGUCCAAGCUCACCAAGCCCCAAAUCCAGGCCAAGAUCAAGGCCGAGAAUCUCCCCGUGGUCAAGAUAUUGAAGUAUACCAAGCUGAAAUCGGAUUACAAGGCUUUCGAGUCGAAAAGGAAGCUUAUGAACUCGUAUGAUAUGUUUCUGGCGGACAAGCAGAUCGUGCCGCUGCUGCCGCGCCUGCUGGGGAAGCAUUUCUUCAAGAAGAAGAGGAUUCCGGUGCCGGUGGACUUGCUCAAGAAGAAUUGGAAGGAGCAGAUUGAGAGGAUUUGCGGCUCGGCGAUGUUGUUUUUGAGUACCGGGACUUGUUGUGUGGUGAGGGUGGCGAGGACUUCGAUGAGUGAGGAGGAGAUUGUGGAGAAUGCGGUUGCGGCGAUACAAGGGGUUGUGGAGAUUGUGCCGGGGAAUUGGGGCGGGGUGAGGUCUUUGCAUUUGAAGCUGUUGGAGUCGAUUGCGCUGCCGGUGUAUCAGACUGUGCCGGAUGAGGCGGUGAAGGUUGAGGGGAGUGAGAAGGCUGUGGGGGAAGUGAAGGAGGUUGGGAAGGCGGAGAGUAAGGAACUGAAGAAGGAGAAGGUGGGGAAGAAGAAGGGGAUGAUUCAUGAAGUGAGGUAUUUGGAUAGCAAUGCUGGCGAGGUGGUUGUUGAGGAGAAAUCAGGGAAGGAUGGUGUUGGGGAAGGCAAGGUUAAUGGGAAGAGGAAGAAGGAGAAGGUUGUGGACGAGUCUAAUGGUAAAGCUAGUGAGAAUGAUGGUGAGGUGAGAAAGUCAAAGAGGAUCAAGGAGAAGGAUGUCGGUGAGUCUAAGAGGCCCAAGGAACAGAAGGACAAGAAAGCUAAGCUGGUACAUGAAGACUUGGAAAUUUCUGAGAAGCCUACGAGGAAGGUGGUUAAUCCUAAGUCGGGCAAGGUGAAAGGUGAAGAUGUUGAGAAACAGUUGAAAAAGUCGGUUAAGGCGAAAGAUGACGUUGCAUCGGAUGUGGAGAAACCAUUGAAGAAGUCAGUUAAGGCGAAAGAUGACGUUGCAUCGAAUGUGGAGAAACCAUUGAAGAAGUCAGUUAAGGUUAAGGAUGAUGCUGUUGUCGUUGGGAAGCAUAAGAAUGAUGUGUUGUCUGCGAAAGACAAGAAAAAAGAUGUUUCAAAGAAGAAAGGAGACGAGCUGUCUGGCAAAGGAGGAGAGGCUGUUGGAAAGAAGGAGAAGAGGAAGAGUGAGCCUGUGAAGUUGAAGAGUGAAGAAGCAAAGCCCAAGACAGCCAAGAGAAGUAAGAAAGGAGCCGAGUAGUUAUGCAUAGCAGGCCACAGGCAGUGGACGCUCUUUGCAGUGAGAUUCAAUAUAUCAAAGCAAGUAUAUGGCUGUCCUUUGAAGUCUGUCUGGCAUAAAUUUUGAUUGUUCGGUUUUUCAUUGUGUUGUUAUUGAAGUUAUGGUAUGUGUUAGUUG